UGUCAAAUUACCAGCUGAUUGUUAACGUCAAAAGUCAAAACAAAUGAUUGUGUGCGCUGUGCGCUAAAUAAAGUAAACCACAUUUAGUUUCGUUUAGCAUAUUAAUAAGAUAGGGAAUUAUGAAGAAAGUUCAGGGAAAUGAUUCAUUUCAUCGUAUAAAUUACUUGUACCAAAUAAGUAAACAUAUAGUUAAAAUAAAUCCAGCCUUAUCUUCGUACUAUGGUAACCUAAUGGUAAAUGUUGCAAAGAAGAAUGUCUUAAAAAUGCAUCCAGACAUAAAAAGACAGAUCUGUAAGAAAUGCCGCUGCAUUUUGAUAUUCGGAGAGACGGCUAAAAUGAAGAUAAAGACUAAAAAUAAACAAAAGAUAGUAGAAUGGACCUGCAAUACCUGUAGCACUAAGAAAUCUCUUCCAGUCUCUAAAGACAAGGACCCACUGUGGUUAGAAAGAGAGGAAGCUGUUGUUGAGGUUAUUAAUUAGUUGUUUUAUUUAGUGUUAAGUAAGUAAUUUCUGUUGAAAUUAAGUUUACUAAUGAGUUUCCCAAUGGUUAUGAUGUUAUCAUAAACUAGGUAAUGUGAUCUGUGUUGGUAUUUUUAUAGAAAAAAAUCAUAUAA